AAUGGCCUUGCCCCUCAUUCACGCCCCAGAAAUCAGAACCCGAAAGAGACAAGACAACCGCCAUGACCGAUCACCAUCACUACCACCACCACCACCACCACCACCACCACCACCACCACCACCACCACCACCACCGGUUCGGCCAGCUACGGUCCACAUCGCAGAUCCUCAAAAAGACUGCCGUGCAUUUUACCGCCCACCCUUUCACGUUCAUCUUCCUUUCUUUCCUUCUCCUCUCUUUCCGUUCUUUAGUUGAAUCCGGUUCCUUUCUCCUCAAUUCCUUUAUUGACCGUGAUCCUUCUUUCAAAUCCCUCCUUUCUCGCCUCGACCUCCACCCUUCCCAUCCGCACGCGCGUUUCCAAUCAACCCGUCGCCACACACGCCGUCCUUUCCUCCACCUCACGCGCGUCGGCGCUCUUGAUAACGACUUAUUCUCUUCUGACGAUGACCUCCGCCACCGCUCCCCGUUCGCUUCUUUCUCUAACCGCCCCCUCAAUGGCACGCCGUUGAUUCUUUCAAACUUCGAUACCAAAUUAGGGUUUUCGCAUUUCGUUGCGGAUAACGGUAUUCUGCUGCCGGAAAUUGUUCGUUACGGAGUCAAAUUCAAGACAAUCUCAUUUGACUACGAAAAUAAUGAAAGGGACCAGCAAGAAGAAAAGAUUGUGGAUUUUCAGUUUGUUUAUAAAGGAUUUGAAUUGGGGCGCCGUGACGCAGCGGUGCUUUUCUUUAUCGUCAGCUUUCUAUCCGCGGCGUAUGGAUGGGUAAUUCUAGGAUUUACGGCGAUUUACUCUUUGAUUUUUGGUGUUCUUUUUGUCACAAUUGUUAAUGACUUGAUUGGAAGAUUUGUUUCGUUUUUUGGGGCUUUUUGGGAUGGGUCUAAAAUGGGUUUGAAAAGACUCACUGGGUUCGUUCUAAUAAAAUGGGCGGUAAGAGACGCGGUGACCCAGCUUCUUGGAUUGUGGUAUUUCGGAGAAAUUGAGGAUCACUACUCGUUUUUUAAGCUUUUUGUCAGGUUAAAGUUGAUGCCUUUUUCGGUUAUGUCACCAUGGAUUAGGGGUUAUGAGAAGGAGAUUUCAGGGUUUUUGUUUACGUGGUUUCUGGUGGAUACUUUGGUUUCCUUUGCAUUCUCAUUAGCUGCUUGGGUUGCCGUUGUAGAUUCAAGGAGAACCGGGAGAGAAAUUAUUAAAGAAGGUUGUUAUCUGAUGUCAACACUUUUGAACCAAGGGAUACAGAUUCAGUGUUAUGAAGCUAUCUUAGGUGGGUCGUUAGCAAGAUUGAUUUUGACUCGUAUAGGGGGAGAAUUUUUUGCCACGGUUAUUCAGGCAGCUCUGGAGUUGUAUUUCAUGGUAGCUUGGUUGAUAUUUUACUUUGUGGUGAAGUCUAGGGAAGCUAAUACAGAAGGUAGGAGGUAUGGGAGGAGAGAAUUGGAGGCUUUGAUUGAUGGACUUGGAUGAAAAUUCAAUCGGAAAAAAUGGGGGAAAUUUACAUUUGCUGCUAUAAUUUUCGAUUCUGACACUGAAGAUGCCUGAAGAUAUCGGCAACGUUUUCAAUGCUUCGAGUCUUCCUGUUUUUGCAGAGCUAGUGAUGCAAUACUGCCAUAGUUUUGGUCUAAGAACCUGCCAAUGCAUUGCAUGUACUUUUUUAUGAGGGAACACAAUAUAUACUUGUGUAUAUUUUCUACUACAAAGCUUCUGUGUGUAUAUUCUGUUGCAAUCAGUUGUUUCUUACUGCCUUGCAGUACUUGUUCCUUGCUGGUAUAUGAGAACGGUAAUAAUUUCUCAUGCUUCAAAUACCGCUAGUGCUGUUGUCCUUAGACUGUUUAUAUGUGAUGUUAUGAUUUUCUGUUUUUGCA